AUGGCGGCGCCGGACAGUGACAGCGACGAGGACUUGGUUAGCUAUGGGACAGGCUUGGAGCCCCUGGAAGAAGGUGAGAGACCAAAGAAACCAACUCCUCUUCAGGAUCAGACUGUCAGAGAUGAAAAAGGAAGGUAUAAGCGGUUUCAUGGAGCCUUUAGUGGAGGGUUUUCUGCUGGGUACUUCAACACUGUUGGCUCAAAAGAAGGAUGGACGCCCUCUUCCUUUGUGUCUUCACGACAGAACAGAGCAGACAAAUCUGUUCUUGGUCCGGAAGAUUUUAUGGAUGAAGAGGAUCUUAGUGAAUUUGGGAUAGCACCUAAAGCAAUUGUUACCACAGACGAUUUUGCUUCCAAAACCAAAGACAGAAUACGAGAAAAGGCCAGGCAGUUAGCAGCUGCUACUGCCCCUAUUCCUGGAGCCACUCUGCUUGAUGACUUCAUAACGCCAGCAACAUUAUCUGUUGGUUUUGAAUUGCUGAGAAAAAUGGGUUGGAAGGAAGGACAAGGGAUUGGUCCUCGAGUAAAGAGAAGACCACGCCGACAAAGACCUGAUCCUGGAGUGAAAAUCUAUGGCUGUGCAUUACCUCCGGGAGGCUCAGAAGGAUCUGAGGAUGAAGAUGAUGACGACCUGCUAGAAAAUGUGACCUUUGCACCCAAGGAUGUCAUGCCUGUGGAUUUCACACCUAAAGAUAAUGUACAUGGACUGGCUUACAAGGGUCUGGAUCCCCACCAAGCGCUGUUUGGAGCUUCAGGAGAACAUCUUAAUCUUUUCAGCGGGAGACCCGAGGGAACCAGCAAUCUUCUUGGAGAUAUUGGAGUGAAUAAAGGGAGAAAAUUGGGAAUUUCAGGCCAGGCUUUUGGUGUUGGUGCCCUUGAAGAGGAAGAUGAUGAUAUCUAUGCAACAGAAACUCUAUCCAAGUAUGACACUAUUUUGAAGGACGAGGAGCCUGGAGAUGGACUCUAUGGCUGGACAGCGCCCAAGCAAUAUCAACGUCAGAAAGAAUCAGAAAAAGACCUUCGAUACAUUGGCAAAAUAUUGGAUGGAUUUUCCUUGGCUUCUAAGUCUUUGUCUUCUAAGAAAGUUUACCCACCUCCUGAAUUGCCAAGAGACUAUCGACCAGUGCAUUAUUUCAGACCUGUGGUAGCUGCAACCUCAGAGAACUCUCACUUACGUCAAGUGUUAUCAGAAUCAGCUGGAAAGUCAAUACAUGACCCAGGGACACAGAGUAGACACCAACUGAAUGCCUCCAAGCGAGGAGAGUUGCUAGGAGAAACACCUAUUCAAGGUUCAGCUACCUCAGUGUUAGAAUUUCUGUCCCAAAAAGAUAAAGAGAGAUUCAAAGAAAUGAAGCAGGCAGCUGACCUUAAAGCAGCUCAGCUCAGGGCCCAGAGUCUGGCCCAGAAUGCCGCAAGCAGCAGAGCCCAGCCCCCCUCUCCAGACGUUGGACACAGCUCUUGGCACACGGCAUUGCGUGGUGGGACAGUCACCACAAAAGCCAGCAACUUCAAACCUUUUGCCAAAGAUCCAGAAAAGCAAAAACGAUAUGAAAAGUUUUUAGCAAGUUUGAAACGGGGUCAGAAAGAUGCUCUGGAACAUUGUCUGGAUCCCAGUAUGACAGAGUGGGAGCGAGGCCGAGAACGGGAGGAAUUUUCUCGGGCAGCCCUGCUGUAUGCAUCUUCCCAUUCGACCUUGUCCUCCAGGUUCACUCAUGCCAAGGAGGAUGACGAUUCAGAUCAAGUAGAAGUUCCUCGAGACCAAGAGAAUGAUGUCAGUGACAAGCAGUCGGCUGUGAAGAUGAAGAUGUUUGGGAAGCUCACCCGAGACACAUUUGAAUGGCAUCCUGACAAGCUUCUAUGUAAGAGGUUUAAUGUGCCUGACCCUUAUCCAGACUCAACUUUAGUUGGCUUACCAAGAGUGAAACGUGACAAAUACUCAGUCUUCAACUUUCUGACACUCCCAGAGACAGCUUCCUUGCCUGCAACUCAAGUCUCAAGUGAAAAAGUGCCGCAGCACCGAGGGCCCGACAAAUCAAGAAAAUCCAGAUGGGAUACAUCUAAACAAGAAAAGAAAGAAGAUUCCAUUAGUGAAUACUUAAGUUUGGCUAGAUCAAAAGUUGGUCCACUUGAACAAGAGUCCAGUCCGUUAGUAAACAAAGAGGAAGUGCAUAUGAAGGAAUCACUCUCAGAUAAGCAGGUAAACAAAGAUGUGGAUUCACAGGCUGAAGGAGGAGAUAGCCGCCCAUCCAUGGACUUAUUCAAGGCCAUCUUCGCCAGCUCCUCUGAAGAAAAUUCCUCAUCCUCUGAGGAUGAGCAGGGCGACAGCGAGGACGAUCAGGAGGGUGCCGGGGAGGCUGACUUCAAAAGUCCCCAGGAGGAACUGUCGUCUGUGGCUCACACUGAUGAGCCAGCCUCCCAGGAGCCCGCACCUUCCUUCGUGAUACAGAAGACGCCGGUAGAGGAGAGAGAAGAGUUCGGCCCUCGGCUGCCUCCUGUCUUCUGCCCCAAUGCUCGCCAGAAACUUGAGGCUCCUCAAAAAGAGAAACAUAAAAAGAACAAAGAAAAACACAAGACCAAGAAAGAGCACAGACGGAAGAAAGAGAAGAAAAAGAAACAUCGGAAGCACAAACACAAAGGCAAGCAAAAGAAUAAAAAGUCAGAGAAAAGUAGUAGUUCUGAGAGUGCUGACAGCAGUGACAGCCAGAGUGAAGAAGACACCGCAGACAUGUCACCCCAGGAACUGCUAAGACGGUUAAAACAUCUUCCCUUGCAGAGGCAGUAG